AUGGACACGUCAGAUUCCCCCGGCUCUUCCGCGCCUCUCCCCGUUGCGCGGCUCCCAGCAGCCCGCCGCUACCUCCGCCGCAUCCGCCCCGCUGAUAAACAGCGCCAGCAUCAGCAGGAGCAGCAGCGGGGGGUUGGCCAGGAGAAUUGUACAGCGGAGGACGUGGGGCAUGGCAGCGCGCAGCACGAUCGGCACGAAGGGCGAGAGGGGCAAGGGCAAGGGCGGGAGUAUGACGAGGAGACGUGUGCAGGGGAGGAUGAGAUUAAUAACUCGGUAGAAGGAAACUCGAUAGAUGAUGGAGAGAGCGACGAUAGCGAGGAGAGUGAGGAGAGCGAGGAGAGCGAGGGGGGUGACGAGGGGGAGGAGGACGAUACUGGGAGUGAGUCGUCGUCUGCCCCCCAGAGAGCCCCUUCACCUUCCCCUCCCCCGAACCUCAAUCCCCUCGCGCUGCUCGCGCUCUCCCACGCGCCCUUCCCCUCCGCCUCUUCUAUCACCAGCACCACCGCCACCACCUUUUCGGGCGGAACCAGCCCCACGCUCUCCUCCGCCGCCGCCGCCUCCUCCCGCUCCGCCGUCUCCCCGCCCACCUCCCCCUCCGCGCACUCCGCGUUCCCCCCUUUCUCCUUCGCCCCGCCCCAAACUGCCCACCCGAUUCCCCACCCGCGCCCGCCGUCGUCCGCUGUCGUGAACAUGGCUUCGCUUACGGCUUCGCAGAAGUUCGCGAAGCUGCUGCAGCAGCUGGCGAAGCAGUCGGCGGAGCUGUCGGAGCUGCGCGGGGAGCUGGCGGACGCCAAGGGGGAAGUGGCGGAGAUGCAGGCGGUACUGGCGAAGGCGGGGCUGGAUUUCGUGCGCGAGCGCAUGGAGAAAGAGCGCCUCGGGCAGGCCUGCGCGAAACUCAACAACGCUUUGCUCUCCUCGCGCCGCGAGACCGCGGACGAGCGCGAACGGCGCGAGCUGGCGGAGCGGUUAGCUGUGGCCGCGGAGCUCGCGCGGAGGCAGCUGCUGGAGGAUAUCACGCUGGAGCGCGCGCAACUCGCGCGCGCGGACAACUGGAGGGAGCACAACGUGCAUUUAAAGCUUGUCGAGGCGCAGAUGGUCGUGUCGGAAAAGGUGGCGAUUCUAGAGGUGCUGCACGCGGAGCUGGAGAAGAAGUUCCGCCAGGUGGGCGCGGGGAGGCUGUGGCGCGGGGAGGAGGAGCGCCCGUUCGGAUGGUUUCUGAAGUUUCUCGGGCAGCCCGAAGGCAAGGCGUGGGCUGUGGAGGGGCUGGAGGGGAUGGAGGGGAAAGGAGAGGAGGGGGGCGGGGCGGAGGACAAGGGAAAGGGGAAGGCGGAGGAGGUCGCUGAUGGGGAUGUUGCCAGGCCUGGUGCUAGUUCUUCUAACGGAGCUGCUUCAAGCGAGGGUGAUGCUCAGGAAGGGGAACGUAGGGGGGACAAUAAUAGUGCGAGAGACAGUACCGAGAGUGACUCUGACGAGUACGAGAAUGACAGGACUGGCGGUAGCUCUGACUCGCUCUCCGAGGCUGUCCCGCUGGUCGGUGGAGGCGGCGAUGAGCUUCGGAUUCCGAAGCUGCGGGACAGGUCCGGGAACGCAGGCGGAAGCAGCAGCAGCAGUGCGCGGAUUCCGGGCCGGGGAGGAGGCAGCAGGUGCAGGUGGCGCGGCGAUCGACUGCUAGACGCGGACGAACCCAUGUUGCUGCAGGGGGGGUACCACGGCUGUAGCGUGUGUGGCCAUGGCAGGCCGUCGGCUGUAGCGGCUGCAGCAGCACGCAUGAGUAGUUUCUGUAGCAGCUGUGGCGGAAGGGGAACUGGGAAUAAUAGGGCUAGUGGGGUGGGUGCUAGUGUGAGCAGCAAUGUUGGGUCAUUGAGUUUAGAUGGGUGGCUUGGUUUGUCUGCAUUGUCAUCUAUUUGCUCCCCCCAGUGGUUUGCUACAGCAGCAGCAGUCACUGUAGCGUCAGUGAACAGUGUUUGUGGUGGGGAAUGGGCGGCAACAGGUGCAGCAGCAGGGAGACGAGAGGGAAACCUCUCAGGCAUGCAGUUACCCUUUUCGUUUUGUUUUGAUUCGCAGUAUGCUCUAUCAGCCACACACGAUGAUUUGAAUGAUGAUGCUGCUGAUGGUGAUGCUACAGCCAGUGGUAGGAAUGGCAGAGCAGCCGAAGCAAGGCCCUGUGGCUGCAUGCACCGCAGCAGGCUCGGCCCGAGGCAAGGCAACAGGUAUGGAGGGCCUUCUCUUGACACGAGAGACAGUGGGAUUGAAGAGGGGUUCAGGGAGCGGGGCAAGGGCAAGGCGUCUGCUCUGUUGCCGCCCAAGCCGCAGCGUGCAGGCAGGGGAGUAGAUACAGGGAAAGGAACGGGUCCUCGCUCAGGGGGAUGUGGUGAGGGGGUGGAGGUGGGGGAGUGUACGAAGAAUAACAUGGAGUCAUAA